UCAAAGGUCACAUGAUAGGACAAAGUCUAAAAUGGCGGCUGCUUUCAACAUCGAUAUUUCCACUAUUCCUGUAAACAAAGAUUUGGUGAAGGAGAGAGCCACUGCAUCGUUCAAAGUUGCUGAACUGACUCAUAUCAUAGACGGCGGACCAGAGAAAACGAAACGAAGGAAAGAACUAGAGAGCAUAGUUCUGAGUGACCCCCUGUUUCUCAACAAGAACGGAGUAAAUCUGACCAAGUCUGAGGCCUAUGAAAAUGCUCUGCAGAAGUCUGUCAAACUCAAGUCAUGGAGACGCCAGUACAACUGGUCAGAGGAGGACUAUGAGAUUAUCACUAAUCGCAUCAACUGCUUCGACGAGGCCUUGACCCUCCACCACACAAUGUUCAUCCCGGCCUUGGAGCGACUCUGCAAUGAGGAGCAGAAGGCCAGGUGGCUUCCCUUAGCUUUAAAUUACCGAAUCAUUGGGACCUACGCGCAGACAGAACUGGGCCAUGGUAACAAGAGAGGGAAAGUUCCAGAUGCUGCGAGCCGACAAGUCCAACUACUCCACCAUGAUGUAUGUGCGGGUACAGAUCGUCCAAUGGUCGGCCUUCACCCUCCUGCCUGGCACUGUCAUGGCCGUCCGCUACAGCGCCGCUCGCAGACAGUCCUCGCUCAAACCGGGAGGGGAGGAGGUUCAAAUCCUGGACUACCAGACCCAGCAGUACAAACUGUUCCCAGCCCUGGCAGCCGCCCACGCCACUUCCUUCGCUGCCCAGACGCUGAGGCGGGAGUACGACGCUGCACUCGGCGACCUGCUCAAAGGGAAUAAACAGGUUAUGGGGGAGGUACUUGAUGCGUCAGAUGGCUGCUACUCUGUCCGGUCUGACCGUCGGUCACUCCUGCUCCUACCUCGCUGACCCCCAGGAGACAGAACUCAGCAUCACCAGCCCCGAGCAGCUCCGUGACCUUGACCUUUUGUUGACUCUGUUCAAACGGGCGGCCCAGAGGAUCGUGUCGCAGACAGCACAGAGACUUCAGGCAGACAUGGAGCGAGGACUCCCACAGGACCAGGCCUGGAACAAGAACAUGGUGGCUCUGGUCCGAGCGGCAAAGGCCCAUGGCUGGCAGACCCUGGUUCAGUACAACGUGAGGGCGGUCCAGGGACUGAGGGGGUCGACCAGCCCGGAACUUGCCACUGUCCUGCACCGACUGUGCUGCCUUUUUGCUCUGCACGCCAUUGAGACAAAUGCUGGCAACUUUUUAGAGACGGAGGUUCUGAACCCUGGUGAGCUGGGGCUGGUCAGAGAGGUGGAGAUGGGACUCCUGGGGGAAAUACGGCCUGAUGCCGUGGCCUUGGUGGACGCGGUAGAUUAUCCCGACAGCAGUCUCCAGUCGGCCCUCGGGGCCUACGACGGGAACGUCUAUGAGAGAAUGUACAAGACGGCCCUCACUGAACCCAUGAACAGGACAGACGUUCACCCGUCCUACUACAAACAUCUACGAGGCUUCAUCAAAGGGACAUCCUCCAAACUGUAGUCUGGUAGCUGCGGACCCAUAGUGUCUCCAGACAGCUGCAGUGAAGCAUGAGAUGACCGAUAGAUGACCCGUAGACGAACAAUAGUUUUACAACUUGGCUCGUUUCUGUGAUGAGGAAGAUUUUUAUUUAUUUAUUAAUUUUUUGUUGUUGUCUUGGUAAAGAUUCUUAUUCUAUUUACUUUGAAUUUUCUUCAAAACAUUUUAAAGGAAGUUACAAAAAGAAAUUUUAAUUCAAAUUCUUUAAAAGAAAAGCUGUUUUUCAGUUUGUCUUCAGUUUGACCUAUCACAUUGUUUUUUUGCUUUUACAAUUUUUGCAGUGAGUCUGGCUUGGAGCUUUAACUUUAAGGAUUUACUUUUCUAGUCACUGGAUGAUGGAGUUUAUCACGAAUUUUCUGUAGGAGUUUUACUGUAUGGAGCUUCAUGAGUGUAAUGUUGUUUCUUCUAUGUUUGAAAGAUAGAAGGUCUCUUUUUACAAGAUUUAGCUUUAACACUUUGCCGUCACAUCUCGCUGAUCGGUAAGAACGCCGAACUUCCGCUCCCAUCACAAAACACAGAUCAGCGAUGUUUACCACCUAGCUUCUUUGGAUUUCCCCAAAAUGCUUGUGAUGGCAAGGGUUUUUACUAUAUGAACCUUGUGAUGGCAAAGUGUUCAUGGCUGUUUGAAUCAGAAACAGAAAAUGUGUUCAUGAGUGUUGUGAUGAUUGUUUUUGUAUUAUUUUACAUGCUUCUUGUUUUUAGUGUUGUCGCAUAUGUUUUAUGUAGAUUUUUAAAAGUGUUAUCUUAUAUGUGUGGGUUUUUUUACAGUGUUGAUUCACUUAUUUUAUGUGUUUUCAAAGCCUUGUCUUAUUUGCUAUAUAUAUUUCUUUAAAAAAAAAA